AUGCCCAAUGCCCCCAAAAGCGGGAUAGCCAAGAUGGCCCAUUUCCAUGUGGAGAUGGCAGAGGCCAAACACCAGCUCAAGGAGGAGUUAAAAAGGGUGGAGGAGGAAGUGUGCACCUGCGCAAAUUGCAAGGUGGCCAACUGCUGGUGCAAGGAGGAGAGGAACACAGUCACAGGUCCCAGCAAAGGGAAGAGCAGGGCUCCAGUGGAGUUGGAGGCCUUGGAGAUUGCAGAGCACCAAACGAAGAAGAAAAAAGUGGUGGUGUCCGCAACAGAGAAGUCAAAGGAGGGAUGGCAGGCCCAGAUGGUGGAUCUGCUGGGGGCAUUACUGUGGGAAGGGCAGGAGGAAGAAGAGGAGGAAGAGGAAGAAGUGGAGAUGGGAACUCUGCAAGUUCUGGAGGUGCCGGAGUCAGAGGGGCAGGGUGAGGAGUAA